AUGCCACCACCGAGAGGUCCCCAACAAAGGAAGAGAUUGCAUGACUAUGUUGCGGGAGAUAUUGAUGAGGAGGAUAUUUACUAUCCCAGGGUUGAAGCAAACAAUUUUGAGAUAAAGCCGGCAAUGAUUUCCUUGAUUUCUAAUAAUCAAUUUGGAUGCUCAAAGAGUGAAGAUCCUACAAGUCAUAUGAGGCAAUUUCUAAGGGUUUGCAAAACCUUGAAGAUAAAUGGAGUUUCAGUUGAUGCAAUCAGAUUGAGGUUAUUCCCAUUCUCACUGAGGGAUGAUGCACAAGUGUGGCUUGACUCUCAUCCGGCCGAUCAUUUCCAAACUUGGGACCAACUUCACCAUGAAUUUAUGAGAGAGUUCUAUCCAUUGUCAAAAGCUUCAAGGUUAAAGAAACAAAUCCAAGAGUUCAAACAAAUGUCUUCUGAAUCUUUUGAGAGGUCUAAUAAGAAGCUGGGGGCUGGGAUUUAUGAGAUAGAUCAAACUUCUGCUUUGGUUGCCAAGUUAGAUUCUGUGGUACACAUGGUCCAAAAGCUAGCUCAGAAUUAG